AUGGCAGACAGUUUCUCUCUCUUGGAAGAGGAUCUCAUCAGUGUGCAGAUCUUCAGGGAGCCGGUGAUCCUCUCCUGCAGCCACAGCCUCUGCAGGGCCUGUUUGGAGGAGACCUGGAGUGUAUGUAGCUUACACUCCCAGAAGCUCCAGCUCUUCUGCUUAGAGGAUGAGUGUCUGGUGUGUGUGGAGUGUGUGUUGGAGCACGCAGACCACAGCUUCUGCUCUGUGGGAAAGGCAGCAGGUCAGAGGAGGAAGGGACUCAGACCCCAACUGGAGGCCCUGCAGAAGAAAAUGGCUGCCUUUAGCAAAGCUGAGCUCACCUGUAACAAAAUGGUUGCUCACAUCAGGGUGCAGACCCAGAGAGCAGAAAGGCAGAUAAAGGAGGAGUUUGAGAAGCUACACUGCUUCCUGAGGGAUGAGGAGGUGGAGAGACUAGGUGCGCUGAAGGAGGAAGAGGAGGAGAAUAACAAAAGGAUGAAGGAGAGAGUAGACGAGAUAAGUGAGAUCAUGUCAUCUCUGUCAGACACAAUUAGGGCUGUGGAGGAGAAACUGGCAGUGGAUGAUGAUGUGUCGUUCCUGCAGAGCUACAAAACGAUAAUGGAGAGAACGCAGAGUGUUCCUGAGGACCCACAGUUGGGCUCAAGAGCACUGAUCAACUUGGCCAAACACCUGGGCAACCUCAGUUUCCAAGUCUGGGAGAAGAUGCAGAAGGCAGUGAAAUACACACCUGUGGUUCUAGACCCAAACACUGCACAUCCCAGUCUCUAUCUAUCUGAAGAUCUGACCAGCCUAAGAUCUGAAGAUAAACUACAGUCUCUCCCAGACAACCCAGAGAGGUUUGAUUUUUAUUGUGACAUCUUGGGUUCAGAGGGGUUCACUUCAGGGACACACUUCUGGGAUGUAGAAGUCGGAGAAAGUGAUGACUGGAGUGUAGGAGUGGCCAGCGAGUCUGUUAGUAGGAAGAUAGAAUACAAAAGUGGAUUAUGGGCUGUUGGGGUACAUGAUGGUGAACCUUAUAACAUGACGAAAAAGACACAGAGGAUUAGAGUUUCGUGGGACAAAUGGGAGGUGUCCUUCUUUGGUCUUAGUCCAUGUAUUCACAAACUCAAAACAAUUCAGCACAAAUGUACAGAGAGGAUGUAUCCACACUUUUAUUUUCACAAUGGUCAAACACUGCAGAUCCUUCCAGGAAAGUCUCUCUGAAGGUGGAAAACCAUAGUGUAUGAACACUUGAAUGUAAGGGUUUCCCCAUUCAACUUGUUUCUCCUCAGCAUGGUGUACAAAGUAACAUUCUCAUCAAUAUGACCUUGGUCGCUUUUGAGAUGGAGAAUAUAAUUGCAUUGUCAUUUAAAACUAUGUUGCAGUGUUUUGAAAACUUUGAAUGUAUGUGUUUAUGCAUAUCACUAACCUUUCAAUGUUAAAAGAUAAAGAUUGAAAAAAAUACGUAUAUAUUGAUUUAUUUGUUCUUCAAUAAAUAGAAAAUAUUUUA